AUGGAGAUGCACCCUACAGGCACUCUACUGCCAUCAUUUCGAUAUCCGACCGCCCCACCACGACGACACACUCCGACGACGAGAGCUGAUCAAAAACUUGCCCUUUUGCCCAUCCAUCCAUACUACCUAGGUACCUUUGGCCAGCCGCCAAGGCACGGUACUCUGUACAGGCAUCCACCUCUACAGCCCAGCCUUGCUACAGGACACUCUCCUGCCUCCUAG